AAUAAACUCGACAUAGGAGUUUGAUCGACUUUAUACAUUAUCCUCUAAUAAACAUACGACGUGAACAUCGCGCGAGAUUCGGUCGUGCGGAUCAAGAACCCCAUUUGUUUGAUCAGAAUACAAACGCGACGCUGCCCCCCCCUGUCACCUACGAAAUCUGGGGAAGUUCUAAACCAGGGCCGCCGCAUUCAUAAUCAACGACAUUGAAGAACCCAUUAUUCAAGUACAAAGCUUCAAACAAAAUGGCAACGCCACGUCUUUCAGCCUCCCUUCUCCUACGGGCUUCUCGAUCAUCUAUUCCCUGCGCCGCUCGACAAUUCAGAGCUCUACCUUCUCGUGCCGCACGAGUCGUCUUGCCUGCUGUCAAGCAGCAGCCCUCUUAUUCUCGGUUCUACUCGCAGGAAUCGCCGGCUGCUAGCAAGAUCUACGCUUUUGACGAUGUGAAAGCCUUAGUAGAGAAGCCCGACCCGAACCGGAUCCUGAUCGAUACCCGCGAGCCCGCCGAGCUGCAAGCCACGGGCACGAUCCCUGGCGCGCUGAAUAUCCCCAUCACGUCGCAGCCGGAUUCGUUCUUCAUCACGGCCGAGGAGUUCGAGGAUCGCUUUGGUUUCGAUAGGCCCGGGAAGGAUCAGGAGGUGGUGUUUUAUUGUAAGGCGGGCGUGAGGAGUAGAGCGGCCGCCGAGUUGGCGAAGCAGGCGGGCUGGGGGAAGGUCGGAGAGUAUCAGGGAAGUUGGUUGGAUUGGGAGAAGAAUGGGGGGGUUAAGGAAAAUGGGAGGUGA